AUGGAUACGGUCUGCCGCAGCGAGCCGCCGCAGUCGAAGAAGGUGUGCGUCAUCGGGGCCGGCAUGGCCGGGCUGGCCGCGGCGCGCGAGCUGCGCCGGGAGGCCCACGACGUGACGGUGCUGGAGCAGAGCGGCGACGUAGGCGGGCAGUGGCUGUACGACCCGAGGACCGACGCCGCCGACCCGCUCGGCGUGGCGGCGCCGGUGAAGGUGCACAGCAGCAUAUACGCCUCGCUCCGGCUCAUCAGCCCCCGGCAGAGCACGGGCUUCACCGACUUCCCCUUCUGCCCCAAGAGCGGCCGCGACGACCGCCGCUUCCCGGGCCACCGCGAGGUGCACCUGUACCUCAAGGACUUCUGCAAUGCGUUCGGGCUCAUGGAGGCCGUGAGGCUCAACACCAGGGUCCUGCACGCCGCCAUGACGCCGGCGCGUCGGUGGGCGGUGAGAUCCAUGGACCUCGGGCUCGUGGAGUGCGAUGAUACGGACGAGAAGACGUUGGACGCGUACGUGGACGAGGUGUUCGACGCCGUCGUCGUCGCCACCGGCCACUACUCGCAGCCAAGAUUGCCAAGCAUCGAAGGUAAGUAA